CAGGUUCCCCAGGGUCAAUCCUGGCUCUGUAUUCACAACUUCUGGCUGCAAACACAGACUCCAUGAGGAAGCAAGAGGUGUGGUCAGACAGACAGACAUGCCUGGCCUACAGAGCUGGCUCCCCAGCUGAGCAGGUGAAAGCCCUUGUGGAGCUGCUGGCUGGGAAGGACAGUCAGCUGUUACAAGCCUGGGACAAAAUGCCAGACUCCCCACUAGGAUCCCAAAGCAACGAGGCAAGGAUACCGAAGCACUCUGAGGUUCCGCUGAGCAGAGUGGGAAAUGACCCAGAACUGGGCAGCCCCUCACACCGGCUGGCCAGCCUCAUGCUGGUCGAGGGCCUGACAGACCUGCAGCUAAAGGAGCAUGACUUCACACAGGUGGAGGCCACGCGUGGGGUCUGGCGCCCUGCCAGAGCUCUCACCCUGGACAGGCUCUUCCUGCCUCUGUCCCGGGUAUCCAUCCCGCCUCGAGUCUCUCUCACCGUCGGAGUGGCUGGCGUGGGCAAGACCACGCUGGUGAGGCAUUUUGUUCGUUGCUGGGCCAGAGGACAGGUGGGCAAGGGCUUCUCACGGGUUCUGCCCUUGACCUUUCGGGAUCUCAACACCUAUGAGAAACUGUCUGCAGACAGACUCAUCCACUCCAUCUUCUCAAACACUGGGGAAGCUGGUCUGGCGGCUAUGGCCCCAGACAGAGUCCUCCUGGUCCUGGAUGGCUUGGAUGAGUGUAAGACACCCCUGGAAUUCUCCAAUACCAUGGCCUGCUCAGACCCAAAGAAGGAGAUCCAGGUAGACCACCUGAUCACUAACAUCAUCCGAGGCAACCUCUUCCCAGAAAUUUCUGUCUGGAUCACCUCCCGGCCCAGUGCUGCUGGUCAGAUCCCUGGGGGCCUAGUGGACCGGAUGACUGAGAUUCGGGGCCUAACCGAGGAAGAGAUCAAGGUGUGUCUGGAGCAGAUGUUCCCUGAGGAGCAGAACCUCUUAGGUCAGGUCCUUAGUCAAGUGCAGGCCAACAGGGCUCUGUAUCUGAUGUGUACUGUACCAGCCUUUUGUAGGCUCACGGGGCUGGCUCUGGGUCACUUGUACCGCACCAGGCUGGCCGUCCAAGACCUAGAGCUGCCGUUGCCUCAGACCCUAUGUGAGCUCUACUCUUGGUACUUUAGGAUGGCUCUUGGUGGGGAAGGUCAGGACAAGGGAAAGGUAAGUCCUAGGAUUGAGCAGGUGACCCAGGGAGCUCGCAAAAUGGUGGGGACAUUGGGCCGCCUGGCCUUCCACGGGCUGGUCAAGAAGAAAUACGUGUUUUAUGAGCAAGACAUGAAGGCAUUUGGAGUGGACCUCGCUCUGUUGCAGAACACUCUGUGCAGCUGUCUCCUGCAGCGGGAAGAGACCCUGGCCUCCUCCAUAGCUUACUGCUUCAUUCACCUGUCUCUGCAAGAAUUUGUGGCGGCUACAUAUUACUAUAGUGCAUCCAAGAGGGCCAUCUUUGACCUCUUCACUGAGAGUGGCAUGUCCUGGCCCAGACUGGGUUUCCUCGCCCAUUUCAGGUGUGCAGCCCAGCGGGCCACACAAGCAAAGGACGGGAGGCUGGACGUGUUCCUGCGCUUCCUCUCUGGCCUCUUGUCCCCAAGGGUCAAUACUCUACUGGCCGGGUCUCUGUUGUCCCAAGGCGAGCAUCAGAGCUACCGGGACCAGGUGGCCGAGAUCCUACAAGGCUUCCUCCAUCCGGACGCCGCAGUCUGUGCACGUGCCAUCAAUGUCUUGUACUGCCUGAGCGAGCUGCGUCACACGGAACUGGCCUGCAGUGUGGAGGAGGCCAUGCGGAGUGGGACCUUGGCUGGAAUGACCAGCCCCUCACACCGCACUGCUCUGGCCUACCUCCUGCAGAUGUCUGAUAUCUGCUCCCCGGAGGCUGACUUCUCGCUGUGCCUCAGCCAGCGUGUCCUCCAGAGCCUGUUGCCCCAGCUGCUCUACUGUCAGAGCCUCAGGCUGGACAACAACCAGUUCCAGGACCCUGUGAUGGAGUUGCUGGGCAGUGUGCUGAGUGGGAAGGACUGUCGCAUUCAAAAGAUCAGCCUGGCUGAGAAUCAGAUCGGUAACAAAGGAGCCAAAGCCCUGGCCAGAUCCCUCCUGGUUAACAGAAGCCUCGUCACACUCGACCUCCGGAGUAACAGCAUUGGACCACCAGGGGCUAAGGCUCUGGCCGAUGCUCUGAAGAUAAACCGAACGCUAACUUCUCUAAGCCUCCAAAGCAACAUGAUCAAGGAUGAUGGCGUCAUGUGCAUGGCUGAGGCCCUGGUCUCCAACCAGACCAUCUCCAUGCUACAGCUACAGAAGAACCUAAUUGGGCUCACAGGAGCCCGGCAGAUGGCAGAUGCCUUGAAGCAGAACAGGAGCCUGAAAGCACUCAUGUUUUCCAGUAAUACCAUUGGCGACAGAGGUGCCAUAGCCCUGGCUGAGGCCCUCAAGGUGAACCAGGGCCUGGAGAACUUAGACCUACAGAGCAAUUCCAUCAGUGACAUGGGAGUGACGGUGCUGAUGCGAGCCCUCUGCAGUAACCAGACACUCUCCAGUCUCAACCUACGAGAAAACUCCAUCAGCCCAGAGGGAGCCCAGGCCCUCGCUCAAGCUCUCUGCAGGAACAACACUCUGAAGCGCUUGGACCUGACAGCUAAUCUCCUCCAUGACCGAGGUGCCCAGGCCAUUGCAGUAGCUGUGGGAGAAAACCACUCUCUCACACACCUUCACCUGCAGUGGAACUUCAUCCAGGCUGGUGCAGCCAGGGCCCUGGGACAAGCACUCCAGCUGAACAGGACCCUGACAACCUUAGACUUACAGGAGAAUGCCAUAGGGGAUGAAGGAGCUUCCUCAGUGGCUGGCGCACUGAAGGUCAACACAACCCUCACUGCUCUCUACCUACAGGUGGCCUCCAUUGGUAGCCAGGGGGCCCAGGCACUUGGGGAGGCCCUCGCUGUGAACAGAACCUUGGAGAUUCUUGACUUACGAGGAAACGACGUUGGGGCAGCUGGAGCCAAGGCCUUGGCAAAUGCUUUGAAGUUAAACUCCAGUCUCCGAAGACUCAAUCUCCAGGAGAACUCGCUGGGGAUGGAUGGGGCCAUAUUUGUUGCCUCUGCGCUGUCUGAGAACCACGGCCUGCACCAUAUUAAUCUCCAGGGGAAUCCCAUUGGGGAAUCUGCUGCCAGGAUGAUCUCAGAGGCUGUCAAGACAAAUGCUCCCACUUGCACUGUGGAGAUGUAA